CCGAAGGCCGAAGGGCGCGGCUGCGAGACAUCUUUUGCGCCCGCCCCCUCUGGAGAUAUUUUUCACCUUUCCAAAUUCGGAAGCACAAGCACUCAAAGCAGGACUGGCACAGCGAGGGAAGUGGUGGCACGCACGCCGCCAUGGGCUUUCCGGACACACCGAGCGGCGGCGGCGGCGGGAAGCUGUCCCUCGCUAGCGUGGGCUUCGCCGGCGCCGGGGUCGGGGCCGGCGGCAGCGGCGGCGGCUACAAGGAGCUCCUCGUCAUGGCCCUGCCCAAGGACGACGGCCUCGACAGCGCCAAGGUCGCCGAGGUCAUUGGCGCCGGGCUGCCGGACGUCGGGGAAUCUGUGAGGGCAUUUUUUCGGAGUAGGGAGGUUAGAGAAUUCGCCAGUGGAGCCUUAGCUGGCGCUAUGUCCAAAGCUGUUCUUGCUCCACUUGAGACCAUCAGGACAAGAAUGGUUGUAGGUGUAGGAUCGAGACAUAUUGGUGGUAGUUUUGUGGAGAUCAUGGAACAAAAUGGGUGGCGAGGGCUUUGGGUGGGUAAUACAAUCAACAUGAUCCGCAUUAUUCCAACUCAGGCAAUUGAGCUUGGAACAUUCGAGUAUGUCAAAAGGAGCAUGAAAGGAGCACAGGAGAAAUGGAGAGAGGAUGGAUGCCCGAAAAUACAGCUUGGCAAUAUUAAAAUCGAGCUGCCACUCCACCUCUUAUCUCCAGUUGCUAUUGCUGGUGCAGCUGCUGGAAUAGCGGGCACACUGAUGUGCCAUCCUCUUGAAGUUAUUAAGGAUCGCUUGACCGUCGACCGAGUGACUUAUCCUAGUAUUAGCAUUGCCUUUAGCAAGAUAUGGCGAACUGAAGGUAUUGGUGGCCUCUAUUCUGGCCUCUGUCCGACACUAAUUGGGAUGCUUCCUUACAGCACAUGCUACUACUUUAUGUAUGACACAAUCAAAACUUCAUACUGCCGCCUACAUAAGAAGAAAUCCUUGAGCCGUCACGAGCUACUAAUCAUUGGAGCUUUGACAGGUCUCACCGCGAGUACAAUCAGCUUCCCGCUGGAGGUGGCCAGGAAGCGUCUCAUGGUGGGCGCCCUGCAAGGAAAGUGCCCGCCCCACAUGAUUGCCGCGUUGUCAGAAGUGAUCCGGGAGGAGGGCCUCCUGGGGAUCUACCGUGGCUGGGGCGCGAGCUGCCUGAAGGUGAUGCCGAAUUCGGGCAUCACCUGGAUGUUUUACGAGGCAUGGAAGGACAUCCUCUUGGAUGACAAGGACAAGGACCGUGACUAGUCAGACGAUGAGCUACUGGGACAGCCAGCACUAGGGGUUGCCGCAGAAUAAUGUUCUUUCAUGCUUGUGGGCGUGGGAGUUCUGCUCCUUCAGUUUUCGAAUCCCACUCCCACCUGCGCUGGGUGGUUUAGAUAGGAGGAAGACACUGUCAUGUUUCUUUUUCACCCAGUGACCGGAAGCAUUUGUUUGCUUCACGUUGCGGUAUCAAUUUACCCAUUUAGGAGGCUUUGGCCAGUUUGAUUAACAUCACAAUUUCUGUUCUUUUUUAUAAGAUGUUCUAGCAUUGUCAUAAGUCAACUUAAAGUUUGGCUAAGAAGUUUGACUCAGGACAAACUAGAACAUCUCAUAAAGGAACGAAGGAAGUAGUUGACAUCGACA